AUGAGACGUGUCAUCGCUGUUGACGGUACCCAUCUAAAGGGAAAGUAUCUAGGCACGCUUUUUAUUGCAUCUGCUUUGGAUGGUAACAAUCACAUUUAUCCUAUUGCUUUUGGUGUUGGAGAUUCGGAGAAUAACGAAUCUUGGAUAUGGUUCUUUGAGAAAUUACGACAGGAAAUCUCACUUGAUGACUUCUCUGAAUUGGCUAUAAUUUCAGAUAGGCAUCAGAGUAUUGAAAGGGCAUCGACCUUAGUUUUUCAAGAAUCAUACCAUGGUCACUGCAUAUUCCACAUCAAACAAAACAUGAAGGCAAAGAAAUUCGAUCCUACAGUGUUUCCAAUUUAUUUCAAGGCAGCGAAGGCAUAUCGUGUUUUUGAAUUUGAGGUCCUAAUGACACAGUUGAGCUUAAUUGAUCCCCGUGCACAGAGUUAUCUACUUGAGGCUGGUUUUGCUAAAUGGUUUCGUGCACAUUUUCCUGGUCGAAGGUACAAUAUACUUACUACAAACAUUGCAGAGAGUAUGAAUGCUGUUCUUAGAGAAGCUCGCCACCUUCCUAUAACAAUGUUGGUUGAACACCUGAGGGAUUUGCUUCAGAGAUGGUUUUAUGAGCGACGUACAGAAGCAGCAUCUCUGAAUUCUGUACUCUGCAAAGAGGUAGACAAACAUAUACGGAAGCGGAUUGAUAGGUCUCGUAGGAUGGAUGUUACACCAAUAUCACAUAUUGAAUAUUACGUUCGUGAUAGAUGCGGUAAUGGUGAGGUUAACUUGCACAAUAGAACGUGUUCUUGCAAGAAGUUUGAUUUGCAACAACUACCGUGUGUACAUGCAUUGGCUGCUUGUGCCAAUAGAGAAAUCGCGGUACAUUCUUUGUGCUCAAGAUAUUAUACCAAUGAAGCUAUUUUGGUAGCUUAUGCUGAACCUAUAUAUACAGUUGGUAUUGAGCACCAGCGCGUUGAAAACGAUAUAAGAGUAUUAUUACCACCUAAAGCGAAAAGACCAGGUGGUAGGCCUAAACAGCAAAGAAUACCUUCCCAAGGUGAAACUGUGAUUAUCAGACAUUGUGGUCGAUGUAAGAAAAGUGGUCAUAAUCGUCAAACUUGUAAGGAACCAAUAGCGUUGCAUCCAAGAACUAAAUGA